AUGGAGCUUACACAGCAGAGUCUCUUGGAUGACUUAGUGGCUUCAAGGAGAGACAGUUGGACCACAUUUCCUAACGAUCUGAACGAGUUUUUCCCCGCUGGUUGGACCCUGGAACCUAAUUUUGAUCACUCAGCAGAGUUGGCGGCCACAAAUCCUUCAUUUUCGGGACUCGUUUCACCAGAAGAAUUAUGCAAUCUGUGUCCCUUCGGUGAAUUCCAGCCGUUUGUUGAUGCAUUCAACUCGCCGGAGUUCAGUUCAUUUAAUAAUAAGAAUGAUAUAAUGGCGAUGCCAGUUCUUGAAGAGUACUGCAUAGGAAAUGCAGAAGAUGAACAACUCGGAUUUCCAGCAGAUAUGGGCAAUAUUUCUAAUGUAGGUAUGCUUGCCGGACAAAAGAGCAAGGUUAAGAAAGCUAAUGGACAACCCUCCAAGAAUCUAAUGGCCGAAAGAAGGCGAAGGAAGCGACUAAACGAUCGCCUUUCCUUGCUCCGGUCAAUCGUCCCCAGGAUAAGCAAGAUGGAUAGAACAUCAAUACUUGGAGAUACAAUAGAUUACAUGAAGGAGCUCCUUGAUAAAAUUCAGAAGCUGCAGGAGGAGGAUAUGAGUACGAGCCAAAUGAACUUAACAAGAAAUUUGAAGGAGCUAAAGCCAAACGAAACGCUAGUGAAGAAUCCCCCUAAGUUUGAUGUAGAAAGGAGAAACCGUGAUACCCAGAUUGAGGUAUGCUGUACAGGGAAGCCAGGAUUAUUGUCAUCAACCCUUAGCACCCUUGAUGCACUGGGCUUUGAUAUUCAACAGUGUGUUAUCAGCUGUUUCAAUGAUUUUUCACUUCAAGCUUCCUGUUACGAGACUGUUGAAAAUCAAUCAAUUAUGAGCACCGAAGAUGUAAAACAAGCAUUAUUCAGGAAUGCAGGUUAUGGAGGAAGAUGCCUAUAG